AUGGAGGCUCCGGCCAUGGAAACCAGCAGUUAUGAGGAGACAGCCGACUGGCUGAGGAACCACACAGAUCAGCAUCCGAAGGUGGCCAUCAUCUGUGGCUCCGGCCUCGGCGGCUUGGCUGACCUGCUGCAAAACAAGAAAGUCUUCAGCUAUGAGGAAAUCCCUCAUUUCCCCACCAGCACCGUGCCAGGUCAUGCCGGGAAGCUGGUGUUUGGGAGCCUGCAGGGCCGCGAGUGCGUCUGUAUGCAGGGGCGCUUCCACUUCUACGAGGGCUACAACAUCCAAACGGUCGCGUUCCCAGUGCGAAUCUUCCACCUGCUGGGUGUGGAAACCCUGAUUGUGACCAAUGCGUGCGGUGGACUCAACACCAGCUACAGUGUGGGAGACAUCAUGCUCAUCAAGGAUCACAUCAACAUGCCGGGCCUUGCAGGACAGAACCCGCUCGUUGGCUCCAACCAUGAGAGGUUUGGAGUUCGUUUCCCUUGCAUGUCGGAUGCAUAUGACCGAGACUUGAUUGCUCUGGCCAAGCAAACCGCAGCGGAGCAGGGCUGCGACAGCUUCCUGCAGGAGGGAGUUUACUGCAUGGUGGCUGGACCGUCAUAUGAGACCAUUGCAGAGUGCAGAGCUCUGCGGAUGAUGGGGGCUGACACUGUGGGUAUGAGCACAGUCCCCGAGGUGGUGGUGGCUCGUCAUUGCGGCAUGCGUGUCCUGGGUCUGUCCCUCGUCACCAACAUGACCGUGACGGACUAUGACAGCCAUGAGAAGGCAAACCACGAGGAGGUGCUGCAGACCACCCGGCAUCGAGCCAAGGACCUGGAGAAGCUCGUCAGCAACCUCAUCAACAAGAUCUAG